AUGAUCAUUGCAGCAGCUUGUCUGCCGGCAGUUCAAGCGAAACCUUUGCUACGACGACAAGGCAUAAGCUUCGAUUACAACUACGAUAAAGUUCGCGGCGUGAACCUUGGAGGUUGGUUCGUCUUAGAGCCAUGGAUCACUCCAUCACUCUUUGCUCCCUGGGCGAACGGUGGUGGAGUGGUCGACGAAUAUACCUUCACCCAAGCUUUAGGUCCAACGGCGGCCCAGAAUCAGUUGGAAGCGCACUGGAAUAACUGGAUCACGCAAGAUGAUUUCAACGAGAUUGCUUCGAUGGGUUUGAACCAUGUGCGAAUUCCCAUCGGUUAUUGGGCCAUCAACCCUCUCCCUGGGGAUCCUUACGUUCAGGGACAAUUACCAAUCCUUGAUAAUGCCAUUGGCUGGGCUAGAAGCGCAGGCUUGAAAGUCAUGAUUGAUUUACAUGGAGCCCCCGGAUCCCAAAACGGGUUCGACAAUUCAGGACGCUACGGACCAAUCGAUUGGCAACAAGGCGACACCACAUCUGAAACAUUGACCGCUAUCCAGAAUCUGGCAUACCGCUACGCGGGGGACACGGACGUGGUCACUGCAAUUGAACUUUUGAACGAGCCGGCAAACUGGGCCAUUGAUAUGGCCGCGUUGAAGCAGUUCUACUACGAUGGGUGGGGCAAUGUCCGCAACGCCAAUGCCUACACCGCUGUGACCAUCCACGACGCAUUCGAGGAUGUUGUUUCUUACUGGAAUGGUUUCAUGAAUACACAAGCCGGGGUGAACGAUGUCAUUCUCGACACACACAUCUACCAGAUCUUCACCGAUGACGAUGUUGCCAUGAAACCCUGCGACCAUGUGCAAGCUGCCUGCAGCCAGGCAUCCAAUCUUGCCAGCACGGACAAAUGGACAAUAGUUGGGGAGUGGACGGGUGCGCAGACCGAUUGCGCGAAGUGGCUGAACGGCCUUGGCAAAGGGGCACGAUAUGACGGGACGCUCUCUGGGAGCACGGGCUACUACGGAGAUUGCCAAACCAAGUACGAAGGGACGGUCGAUGGCCUACUGGACGUCGACAAGACGAACCUGGAAUACUUUGUCGAGGCACAGAUGGACGCCUACGAAGCGCACUCGGGCUGGAUCUUCUGGGCAUGGAAGACGGAGAGCGCGCCCGAAUGGCAUUUCCAGAACCUGACGCGCGCCGGACUGAUUCCCCAGCCUCUAACCUCGAGGAAGCAUCCGGGCCAAUGCCAGACGUCCUCGUGCAUGAUCCCAGGGAAUUAG